UCCAGGUUAGAGUUACCCAAACAGAAAGUUGAGUGUUAUAAAUUACACCUCCCACAGACCAGAAUUCAUAUCCAUUGGUCAGGGGCAAACACCAAGGACUCUGUAUCCUCAGUCACUUUGUGCCACUUCACCAAGUCGGAGCCAAAGGAAAUCUUGAAAGAUGAGAAUGCUAGCAAGAAUUGCCCUGGUACUUACCAUCUUUGAUGCCACACUGACUGCCCCAACUACAGAGCUCCUUAACUAUGAUUCAGAGGUCUAUGAUGCCAUCUUGGAGGAUGUGGGGACCUUGUAUAACUAUGAGCACAUACCUGUCAACAAAAUGCAGACUGAAAAAGUGACAGAGAGGCUUUCUGGGAACAGAGAGCUCCUCACCCCAGGUCCACAGCUAGAGGACACCCAGGAUGAGGACAAGGAUGAAGAAUCCACCCCCAGGCUGAUCGACGGCUCUUCCCCACAAGAACCAGAAUUCCCAGGGCUUCUGGGUCCACACACCAACGAAGACUUUCCAACCUGCCUACUGUGUACUUGUAUAAGUACCACUGUAUACUGUGAUGACCAUGAACUGGAUGCCAUUCCUCCCCUACCUAAGAAGACUGCAUAUUUCUAUUCACGUUUUAACAGAAUUAAGAAGAUCAACAAAAAUGACUUUGCCAGCCUAAGUGAUUUAAAAAGGAUUGAUUUGACAUCAAAUUUAAUAUCUGAGAUUGAUGAAGAUGCAUUCAGAAAGCUUCCCAGUCUCCAAGAGCUUGUUCUACGGGACAAUAAAAUAAAGCAGCUUCCAGAAUUGCCAAACACUUUGACAUUUAUUGAUAUCAGCAACAAUAGACUUGGAAGAAAAGGGAUUAAACAGGAAGCAUUUAAAGAUAUGUAUGAUCUCCACCAUCUCUAUAUCACGGAUAACAGCUUGGACCACAUCCCUCUGCCUCUUCCAGAAAGUCUACAGGCUCUUCACCUCCAGAAUAACGACAUUCUAGAGAUGCAUGAAGAUACUUUCUGUAAUGUUAAAAAUUUAACUUAUGUUCGUAAGGCACUAGAGGACAUUCGACUGGAUGGAAACCCUAUUAACCUCAGCAAAACUCCUCAAGCAUACAUGUGCCUACCUCGUCUGCCCAUUGGGAGUUUUGUCUAAUGUUAGAAUGUUAGGCAAACAUUAGAAUUUUGAAGCUUUCUGUAGCCAAGUGAUGCCUAGCUCUCUUCAGGAACAAGCUUAGUAUAUUUCAGAUGUGUUCAGAAUUGUGGCAUGAUUAUAGAAAAUCAUAAACUAAGGGUGUUAAGGUAAAAUGAGAAUUUAAUAAUUUAACUAAACAUAAUUAGGUAUAAAUUUACAAUAUGUACAGACAGUAAAUACAAUGACAAGAUAUUUCAGCUACUCUUGCAAAUCACAUACAACACAUAAACUUGAAAAAUUUAGUUGUUCGUAUUGAAUUAAACAUGUAAGAAAUGAAACAUUUGAAAUGAAUACUUUACAUGUGUUGCUAAGAUGCAGACAUUUUAAUU